AUGACAUCGUCGGAUAAAUCGUCAACAAAGUCGUUUUUCGGGAGAAAACUGCACAAGGAACGCCCUACCGACCUGCGCGCAGAGACUCCAGAGCCGUCUGGAACAGCCAGCAGCGGGUCAGGGUCGCGGUCGUCGAGAUACUCGAAGCGAGAGUCGGCAGUGUCGGUGGAUUUGACUGGCGACAACGAGUACCUGUCCGGGGUCAUAACGUCAGUUCCGUAUGACAGUAUACCUGCGCGAAAGGAACCAACCCCUUCAAAAAUGGGGAAACCGAGCGAUUACCACCAGUAUCCCCAGUUUCAGGCUCCCCAGCCCGCAAACGGUUCAAUGCAUCCUUCGGGGCCCAGACCCCCACCAGGAUCCUCUGGCACUACCGCUUCCUAUAACUCUCAAAACGACAAAGGAGCUAAAUACCAAGCAUGGAACGGCCAUAACUCGAAUAUUCCCACAUACUUUACCCCAGAGUCAUCUAACUCUCGAACUUCGCUAGACCAAAACAGCAUUUAUUCUGCCGUAUCCUCUGCCCCUCGAGCUUCAACACAAACCAACGCGGAUAGCAACCCCCGAUAUCAUUACCCCAGCAGCCACCCUCACGACCCCCGUGUUCAAGCCGCCAGCUCUUCCGGAAGCCGCCCUUCCACAUCGUCGCGAUCUGACUGGCAUCCCCAACAGUUACCUAUCGUAUUUGGCCCAACCCUGCCAAUCUCGCCAGAUGGAACAAUACAAAGACCGAAAGACGACGCAGUCGUCGACCAGAUGUUCUACGAACUCAUGAUAAAACGAGGAUGGCAGAAUCUACCAGAGCAGGCCAAGAGACAGAUGUUGGCCUACCCGACAUCAAAGAAAUGGACGUUGGUCCAUCAGGAUCGCUUAACUCAAUGGCAGGGGGAGCAAAAGCGUCGACAACAAAAUAGGCAAACUUAUGGCUCCGCAGAUGGUGGUAGGGGUGUACUUGGACGGGCCGACGAAGAAGGGAGCCCGGAGUGGUAUGUCAAAAAGGUUAUGGACGAUUCAAUAACAGCAAAGGAACUUGGGAGUCUAAGCGUAAGCUUACGAACACAACCUAUAAGCUGGGUCAAGUCGUUUGUUGAAGCGCAAGGACAGAUUGCCUUGACGAGUGUUCUUCUCAAAAUAAACAGAAGGAAGGCUUCCGGACCCGUUCCCGUAACCAAUUCUGGAGGGGAUAAGGACUUAGAUCGGGAAUACGAUAUAGCAAAAUGUUUAAAGGCCCUGAUGAACAACAAAUAUGGCGCCGACGAUGCCCUCGCUCACCAGCAGAUUAUCGUGGCCCUAUCCAGUUCUCUUAUAUCACCUAGAUUGACGACUAGGAAGCUCGUCAGCGAAAUUCUCACCUUCUUGUGUGACUGGGCACAUGGUCAAGGGCAUCAAAAGGUAUUGCAGGCGAUGGACCAUGUCAAGAAUAUGCAAGGAGAAACCGGCAGAUUUGAUGCUUGGAUGCGUGUGGUGGAAGUGAGCAUUGACGGGCGAGGCAAGAUGGGCAGUCUCGUCGGUGCCAGCGAAGAGUUCCGAAGCGGUGGGAUAGGAAUGGAGAAUCUUCUCAUGGAAUACGCCCUGGCUACUAUGUUUUUGAUCAACAUGUUUGUCGACGCCGCGGAAGAUGACUUGCAGCUCCGAUGCCACAUCAGGGCCCAAUUCACUGCUUGUGGGAUCAAACGGUUACUGGUCAAAAUGGAAGGUUUCCAGUAUGAAGCCAUCGAUAGACAGGUUGAUCGGUAUAGGGAAAAUGAGGGGAUUGACUACGAAGAUCUACUUCAACGGGAAAAUAGCAGCAUGAAGGAUAGUAUUGAAGGGGAAGUCAGCGACAUGAACGACCCUGUUCAAAUCACCAAUGCUAUCAUAAGUAGACUGCGAGGGGACCGUUCCCAAGACUUCUUCGUCUCCGCCAUGCAACAUAUGCUUCUCAUUAGAGAGAACUCCGGUGAAGAUAGCCACAGAAUGUUCCAGCUGGUGGAUGCAAUGCUUAGCUAUGUUGCCAUGGACCGGAGGCUGCCAGACAUGGACCUGAAGCAGAGUCUAAACUUCACCGUCCAAAGUCUCCUCGAUAAAUUGCACACCGAUGCCGAAGCCAGGAGUGCAUUCGAUGAAUCUCUGGAGGCUCGGCAAAUUGCAGAGGCGGCAAUUGCAGAGAGAGAUGAAAUGAAAGCGCAGAUCGAACUUGGCGCAGAUGGUCUAGUCAAGAAACUCCAGAAACAGAUUGAAGAACAAGAAGGGGUAAUCAAUCUCCAGGCUCGCCAAAAUGAAUCGCUAAAAAGUGAUUUAGCCGAAGUCCAAAGGAUACGGGGACAGGAAUUGCAGCGAAACGAGCUUGAGACUCGAGAACUGUACCUGAUGCUCCGAGACGCGCAGGACGUUGCAGCGUCCAAAUCUAAAAUGGCCGGCGGCACCGAUGAUUUGGGUACAAUGGACCCUGCCCAGAUGAAUGGUAUCCUUGACCGAGAGAAACUCAUGGGACGUCUGGAGCGCCAGCUGGAUCGGGCAAAGACCCAAUUUAAACUUGAAGGGAAAGUUUGGCCUCAAAACAGCCCAUCGGAUAGGCUCAGGGAACUACGGGAGCAAAUGGAAGGCGACUUCUCCCAUGAUUCUGAGGUCGAUGAAGAAACCAAGCGCAACUUCACCCAUAGUACGUUUGGUACCGUUUCACGGAAACGUAGCCAGGCACUUAAGCCCAAUAACACUUCCACUGAUCACGAUACCACGGAUGGUGACCUCGAAGAUCUAGAUGAAGAUGGUGAAGAGGAGGCAGUAUUUGAGAGAGGGCGAUUGGUCGAGAUCAGAAGACCGAAGCUGGAUCCUGAACGUGCCACUGCGCUCCUGGGCGAGAUUGCUUCCAAGGCCGGAGAAAAGGCACGUAAGGAAGAGUCACCAACACCCGAACCCGCUGAAAACGGGGAAGCAGAGGAUGCCAAAUCGACUGGAGGUCUAAGCGACUUCAACGGACCUCCGCCUCCUCCCCCGCCUCCUCUCCCAGGAUUCGCAGGUGGUGCACCGCCGCCUCCUCCCCCUCCGCUCCCUGGGUUUGCUGGCGGUGCUCCUCCUCCACCACCCCCUCCGAUGCCUGGCUUCGGAAGUGGUGCACCACCUCCGCCUCCUCCGCCUAUGCCUGGUUCAGGAAUGCCACCACCACCUCCACCUCCAAUGCCCGGCGGUUGGCAAAAGAGCUACCUUCCAGCUGGACAAGUUUCACAGGUGCCUACUGUCAGCUUACCGUUUAUUCGCCCUAAGAAAAAGCUCAAGGCGCUACAUUGGGACAAAGUUGAUACUCCUCAAGUGACCGUUUGGGCUGCCCACGCUCCAACGCACGAGGCUAAGGAGCAGAAAUACACAGAUCUUGCAAAGAAGGGAGUCCUCGAUGAGGUUGAAAGGCUGUUCAUGGCAAAAGAAACGAAGGUGAUAGGACGUUCUGCGAAGAAAACCGAUAAGAAACAAAUCAUUAGCAGCGAGUUGAUGCGCAAAUUCGAGAUCUCAUUCGCCAAAUUUUCACAAGUGUCUGCCGACGAGCUUGUUCGCAAAAUCAUCCAUUGUAACGCUGAUAUCUUAAACAAUACAGUGGUGAUGGAAUUCCUACAAAGAGAUGAACUAUGCCACAUUCCCGAGAAUACUUCCAAACUAAUGGCUCCAUACAGUAAGGAUUGGACCGGGCCUGGAGCUGCCACAACGGAGAGAGAACAAGAUCCAACUGAGCUCACACGCCAAGAUCAAAUUUAUUUACAGACGGCCUUCGAACUCAAUCAUUAUUGGAAGUCAAGAAUGAGAGCUCUUCAAUUGACCCUUUCGUUCGAGCAGGAAUACGAUCAUAUUUCUUCGCGCCUUCGAGAAGUCGGGCAUGUUUGCGAGUCGUUACGCGAUUCCGUCUCCUUGAUGAACGUCCUCGGUCUCAUUCUUGACAUUGGUAACUUCAUGAACGACUCUAAUAAGCAAGCAGCCGGUUUCAAGCUCAGUUCCCUAGCUCGACUUGGCAUGGUUAAGGACGACAAGAAUGAGUCGACAUUUGCAGACCUUGUCGAACGUAUUGUUCGAAACCAAUACCCAGAAUGGGAAGGAUUCAUCGACGACAUUGAUGGAGUUGUUCAAAUCCAGAAAGUAAACGUCGAUCAACUACAGCAGGACGCAAAGAAAUAUAUUGACAACAUCAAAAACGUCCAGUCAAGUUUGGAUUCUGGUAACUUGAGCGACCCCAAGAAAUUCCAUCCUCAAGAUAGGGUAAACUCGGUCGUCCAGAGGUGCAUGAAAGACGCUAGGAGGAAAGCAGAGCAAUUGCAGCUUUACCUAGACGAGACAAGCCAGACAUACGACGAUAUCAUGGUAUUCUAUGGUGAAGACAAUACCGAUGAAAAUGCUAGGAGGGACUUCUUUUCUAAACUUGCAACCUUCUUGCAAGAGUGGCGCAAAUCAAAGGAAAAGAACAUCUCCUGGGAGGAGAGCAGACGUCGUACAGAAGCUUCGCUCGCCCGAAAACGGGCCAAGCCAGCACUUACGAAUGGAAUCGAUGGCGGAUCACCAUCAUCGCCCACAUCCAAUGGUGCUAUGGAUUCAUUAUUAGAGAAAUUGCGGGCCGCCGCUCCUCAGGCUAGGGACCAACGCGAUAGACGGCGUCGUGCACGACUAAAGGAGAAACAUCAAGUAAGACUGGCCUCUGGGCAACACGUACCAGGCAUAACGGUAGAUGGGGCCCAAAAGGAAGACGCUGCGAAUGUCGAGCCAACCAACACCCCCAAGGAGGAUGCCCCACAAAAUUCCAAGCUGUCUGAGAGCGACGUCGCGGAUCGCGCUGCCAGCAUACUUCAAGGUCUUAGAGGCGAUAAAGAUUCUGAAGGUAGUCGCGCUAGGCGACGCGAUAGCGCAGAGGAAGCCCGGCGAAGCAGGCGAAUGCGACGGCGUACACCUGCGACUACGUCCAACACUAAAGAAUCAAGCGAUAGCACGACCCCACUUCCCGCUCUUCCAGUGCCCGAAGAUGGAGGGAACAGAGAAUCCUUGGGGAGCAAUGCUUCCGUCGUGAUCGCAGACACUCCCGAGGAACCCGAAACAUCACCACGACCUUUACCAGCCACCCCUGCUGGGACAGAUUCUAACCCUAUCACGAUAUCCGAUUAA